AUGAGCAUUUCUCCUAUGCACACGAGCAGUAUGCUGCAGGUUGGAAAGAGUAAGGACGUGAAGGCCAGAGACAUUACUGUUAAGGACUCACCCCGAAAGCUGACUUUACCUAGCCUACCCACCGAGCUACGCGCGAUGAUAUACUCAACCGUUUUCAAAGAUUCCACCGUACAGAUGGACCACUUUGGAAUCGGAUUUAUUCACAACCGCGACCUGACAGAAUUUAAUAGGAACAAGCGCGCAUGUAGCCUUGAGCUUGAGGGAUACGAAGACGACGACAUGAUAGCGGCUCUGGUCAUGUAUCGCAUCGCAGAUCUGAUAAUGCUUCCAGUAUGGCUUGCCCGACAGCCCAAGUACAGGACAGUCAUACGCAGACUGAGUAUUCACGUCACUCGUCUCUGGGUUAGCAAAGGAUAUAUAUACGACUUCAAGACAAAUAGUCGUCUCCUCGCGAUGCAUCUACCGUUUUGGCUCAAACCCCACAAUAUGUCUCUGAAGCCAAUUUUGCCAAGACUAAAGGAGAUUGACAUCGAAGUCCACUGUACCACGCUGUCCUUUGUUGGACCUUGGAUAAGAGGAAACCCUCUCAAGGUAGCAUGCCAGGCGAUGAUGGCUGACUGA